AUGCUGGACUCAUUUUCUCAGAGAGAUGCCCACCGACGGGUGGAAGAACUCAUGUUGAAUAGGCCUACAGAAGAAGAUUUACUACGAUCGAACUCGGACAGGAAGUGGAAGAAGAUUUUGGGAUUCGAUGAUGGGUCAUUCGUCAAACCAAGAGUCUAUUCGGACUUACCAGAGGUCGUCACCAAGCCAGUCCUGGCAACGAAACGUUCACAUUCGAGUCUGUCGCAACAUAUCGCAUCUUACCGUAGGAAAGGGGGUGAUGUUAGCCCGUCCGUGUAUUCAGAUCUGCCGGAGGUUGUCACAGGCCAGUUCCUAGCAUCAAAGCCUUCAUACUCAAGUCUCCCUCAAGAUACCACAUCUUAUUGGCAAAACAUUGGCGAUAUCAGCCCCUCAGCAUAUUCGGACUUGCCAGAGGUCGUUACAGAGCCGAUUUUAGCAUCGAUGUCUUCAUACCCUCGAUUACCUCGAGAUAUCACAUUCUACCGUAAGAAUGGAGACGACUUCGCGUUAUCUCCUUCGCCUCCAGCACCGUCGCCAAACGAUGUAAAACCUCUACCAUCACCACCUCACCUGCUCUACAUAUCCGUUGGAAGUGACCCUUCACCAUUUGAGUUCGAUCACAGACCCGAUAUUCUCCUUCAUACUGGGCCUAGCAAGAGCUCACCUGUACUCUCAUACGUCGAAUACCAAGCAGGUUCAGAGAAGGCCGACAUAACAAUAUGUCCUUGUGGCUCGACGGUGACGCCAACAUACCGCACUAUCUCCCUUCCAAAUUCUCCAACCAUAUCUACCGACUCCUCGAAUAGCAAUGUUCCAAGGCUUCGGACGGAACAACUCUCACCCACAGGUGGCAUGUUCACGGCAGAAAGGUUCUCAUUCUCACAUACUUUGCCAAAUUCGUUUGUCCGUGAACGAUUCGAAUGGCGCUACUCGACUGGCCCUUUCAUCCGAACAUCUUCUGGCACAAAAGAAUCUGGAGGAAUGAAACUUGUACGGAUAUCUACGGGCGCUACGGUGGCUGUCUACGCAGGCUUAGGCGCCUCUUCGAAGCAUAUGACGGGUAAAAGCAAGGUUCUGGGAAUGUUUCGAUUCUUGAAUGCUGCUGGAAUGACAAACCUGGGGGAGGAGUUUGACUUCCUAGCUGUCAUGAGUAUUCUAUCUGUCGUGGAGAAGAGCAGACGAAAUCUUGUUGCUCAGAAAGCCGCCUUUGGCAUACGAAACUAA